UUUUUAUACAACUUUGCAACAACUUUCCAAUAUAUUCACAAAUAACUUCCCAAUACACAUUCAACCUUUCUUCCAUCAUCUGUUUGCAGAGAUAAGUUUAGCUUGUAGUUUGAAAGGAUACAAUGGAGGGCCAAUGUGCAAUCAAGAAAGAUGUAACUGAAUUAAUCGGAAAUACCCCAAUGGUAUAUCUGAAUAAUGUUGUGGACGGUUGUGUAGCUCGUAUUGCUGCUAAGUUAGAGAUGAUGGAACCUUGCUCCAGUAUCAAAGACAGGAUUGCCCACAGUAUGAUCAAGGAUGCAGAAGAUAAGGGUCUAAUAACCCCGGGAAAGACGGUUCUGGUAGAGUCCACAGGUGGAAACACUGGCAUUGGUUUAGCAUUCAUAGCAGCUAGCAGAGGUUACAAGCUGAAGAUAGUCAUGCCAUCAUCGUAUAGUCUCGAAAGAAGAAUUGUGCUCCUAGCUUUUGGAGCUGAGGUAUACCUCACUGAUGUGAACAAAGGUGUUCAGGAGGUUUUUGUUAAGGCUGGCGAGUUGCUACGCGACACACCUAAUAGUCAUAUGCUUCAUCAGUUUGAAAAUCCUGCCAAUCCAAAGAUUCAUUACGAAACCACCGGCCCGGAGAUAUGGAGAGACUCAGCAGGGAAAGUAGACAUCUUGGUUUCAGGGAUAGGAACUGGCGGCACAGUAACCGGUACAGGGAAGUUCCUCAAAGAGCAAAAUCCAGACAUCAAGGUCUAUGGUGUAGAACCAGCUGAGAGUGCAAUCUUGAACGGUGGUUUACCUGGAAUGCAUCUGAUCCAAGGAAUUGGUCCCGGUUUCAUUGCUCAAGUUCUUGAUGUUAGCCUGCUGGAUGGAGUGAUUCCAGUAAGUCUGAAAAUCAUCAUCUGCAUCUCACAUCAUUUUUCAACCAGAAGGGUAUCAGGUGAGGAAUCUAUUGAGACUGCUAGGCUACUUGCCAUAAAAGAAGGACUUUUGGUGGGAUUCUCAUCUGGUGCUGCAGCAGCAGCAGCAUUAAAGUUGGCCAGGAAGCAGGAAAACGCCGGAAAACUAAUAGUCCAAUCAUUUCCGUAUGCACAGGUCGUGUUCCCCAGCUUUGGAGAACGUUACCUAUCUACCACGCUCUUUGAUUCCUUUAGACAUCAGGCAGAAAACAUGAGCUUUUGAUAGGCUUGGCGUUUUGGCAAUGUCAUAUACUUUAAGUCCUUUUGGUCAUUGAAAUAAAACAGAUACUGCUUUUGGAUGAAUGGCAACAUGACCCUGAGCCUGCACCUGGUUUCUAUCACUUGCAGAUCAUUAUAAAUCUUGUAAAAGUGUAUGGCCCUGACCGUCCUACUGGAUCAGGUCUUUAUUUGUCUGUUCAUCUUGUAAAAGUGUUGUAAUACGGUCAUACUCAAACCAUCAAUAAAACUUCCACUUGUUUCGUACCAAAAAA